AUGUUCGUUUUUAUUGAACCCGAUACAUUAUCUUCCACAGAAAAAGCCCCAAAGAAGAGAAAAGCAAAUAUGUUUAUAAUGUAUCGGAAAGAUAUGAUGAAGUAUAGACCCCAUAAUAUGCCUAUGACAAAAUUUAGUAAGCUAGUGUCAGAAUGGUGGAAAAAUCUUUCUGUGGACGAAAAAGCGAGAUUGCAAAGACAAUAUCAAAUAGAUCGAGAUCAAGAGUUAAUAAAUGUCAAUGUACGUGCGGAAAAUGAUCAAAUUGGUGCUCGAGAAGAUAAAAUAAGCCAGGAUUAUCGAGAUCAAAUUGAAUAUGAACAUUCAACCGUUUAG